AUGACUACAAAUGAUCAAUUUGAAGAUUGUAUUGUUCGAGUAUUUUUAAGAAAGCCUCCAAAGAAUUGGAUUUAUAUAGAAGAAGAAUUAGAGGGUGAUAUAUCGAUGCUAUUUGAGCUUAAUUUUACCCAUAUUAAAUUUGUUUUAGAGGCA